AUGUCCACGACCAACGACGCGGCGGUGGACUACCCCAACUUCACUGGCUACGAUCGGGACGAGCCUGUGGUUGUUUACGGUCACGUCCAAAAAGCGUUGCACGGGAAGGAUAGUAACGGCAUGCCGAUCAGCUUGCUUGUGUUUCGCUGGCACCUGCAACAGCGCGCCCCCAACCGUCGCUUCAUAUCAGCCUCGAUCCGGGUGGUAUUCAAGGAUACGUCUGGCGAUCAGAGUGGGAAGACAUCAUCUGAUGACAACCUUCACGUCAGAACAGUGGCACCAAAUGGCACCUACGGAAUGGGCCUGACACCCGACACCAUCACGCGUACAUUGGCCUUGAACGAAAGCCUUGUAGCGGGGGUUACCGAAGCCACUAACACCAUGGGAGCCAACUUCACGCUGAUUUCGCAGGUAACGGCAACGGAGCAAAUCGUUCUGCUCGAGAGAGGCGAGCUCAAGAAAGGUUCCACAGACAGGACAUUCCAGGCCACAUUUACGAUCCGCACCCGUACAAACGGAUGGAUGAAUAAGUUAGCGGUGUGGAAGCGUUACGGCUUCGUCUCGCCCUGCAAGCCUGUCACCUUCAACACCGGAGUACAGUGGCAGGAGAAAGAGUCGACGGAGGACAAAGACUGGACUGAAAGGCUUGGAAAUGCGGAUUUAUUUCAGCUGUGCAACUUUUAUUUGUUCCACUUGGUUCCGGCGAACAAGAAAGACGCAACACCACCGAAUCACCCAGUCCAGACCCCGGCAGAGGAAAGACAUCCUGUAUAG